AUGAGUGGUGGUGGAUGGGAACGGUCGCUGGAGGAAACCCCGACAUGGGCUGUUGCAGCCGUGUGCGCAAUAUUUGUGAUCAUUUCAAUACUGAUAGAACAUGGAAUUCAUUCUCUGGGAAAGUGGUUUCAAAAACGUCAGAAGAAAGCCAUGAUGGAAGCUUUGGAGAAGAUCAAAGCCGAGCUGAUGCUGCUGGGAUUCAUAUCGUUGCUGCUAACUAUCGGAACUUAUUCGAUUCCGGCGAUAUGUAUCCCGGAGAAGAUAGGGUAUUCGAUGCUUCCAUGCAAACGGAAGUCUGUUUAUGGUGGAGACAGUGAUAAAGAUAGCAAAAAAGGGGAUGGCGAAGAUGACCGCCGGAGGAAGUUACUUUCUGAUGGUAAAGAUAUGGUUUGGCGUCGAGUCUUGGCCGGAUCCGCAUCAAAAGAUUCUUGCAGUAAAGGUAAAGUUGCCCUGAUUUCACAAAGCGGUAUGCACGACUUGCACAUAUUCAUAUUUGCGCUUGCGGUUUUCCAUGUCCUUUACAGCGUAGCCACCAUUUUCCUUGCCAAGGCCAAAAUGAAGAAAUGGGAGGCCUGGGAAUCUGAAACCAAAACCCUCGAGUACCAGUACAAUAAUGAUCCUUCAAGGUUCAGAUUAACGCAUCAAACUUCCUUCGUGAAACGUCAUUCUGGUUUCUCUGCAAUUCCUGGCAUCAAAUGGAUGGUGGCCUUCUUCAGGCAAUUCUUUGGUUCGGUGAGCAAGGUGGAUUAUUUGACCAUGCGCAACGGAUUUAUCAACGCACAUUUUGCAGCCAACACAAGAUUUGACUUCCAUAAAUACAUCAAAAGAUCCAUGGAAGACGACUUCAAAGUCGUAGUUGGAAUCAGUACUCCUCUAUGGGGUUUGGCUGUCAUCUUCUUACUUCUAAACGUUUACAAAUGGCAAACUCUCAGCUGGCUGUCAUUGGUCCCCUUGACGAUACUUUUGUUAGUGGGAACAAAGCUAGAGGUGAUCAUAAUGGAUAUGGCGGAAGAAAUCCAAGACCGGAGUGCGGUGGUGAGAGGGGCGCCGGUGGUGGAGCCUAAUAACAAGUAUUUCUGGUUUAAUCGACCGCAGUGGAUUCUCUUCUUGAUACAUUAUACCCUGUUCCAGAAUGCGUUCCAAAUGGCGUAUUUCCUAUGGGUUUGGUUUAAGUACAGCAUAGGGUCAUGUAUCCAUGAGAAAUUGUACUUCGUAAUCGGAAGGGUUCUUCUUGGGGUGUGCCUUCAAAUUCUAUGCAGCUACAUUACCUUUCCACUCUAUGCUUUGGUGACCCAGAUGGGAUCUCACAUGAAGAAAUCAAUAUUCGAGGAGCAAACAGCCAAAGCUCUAAAAAAUUGGCACAGGGCUGCCAAGAAGAGAAACAAGAACAAAGCAAGAGGGGAAGGAUCCGUUGGGUUGAACAGCCAUGCCUCGCCGUCAAUGAGCGGUGACACCACGCCGAGCCGAGGAGCAUCGCCGUUACACUUGUUACACAAUCACAAACAUCGGUCCACUGCCGGUGAUCAAACGGACGGUGUUCUCAAUUCUCCCACACAUUCCAACUAUUCUUACCCCUCCGAUACGGAAAUUUCUGAUAUUGAGGCUUUUUCUCCUCCUCCUCGACAUGCAACCCCACCGCUUGAUCAUCAUCAUCAACAACGUAAUGUUGAUUUUUCAUUUGUCAAGCCUUGA